UUGAAGAAUUCUCAACUUUUUGCUCAGCUGCCGCCAACUUUUGUUGUUGUUUCCCUUAAUAAAAUUUUGAUGGUACUACAAGCUACAGCCACAGCUACACCAUUGUAUUCAGCCAGUUAGACCAAAGCUCAGUGAAUGAUCGCAACUUCAAUGAUAUAAAAGACCAUUGCACAUCAGUUCACCACACCAAAAUAACGUCUGUAAAAAAAAGGGUUGGUUUGGUUAUUUUAUUAUUUAUUAUUUUAAUAUAAAUAUAAAAUACAUAGGUGCAAUAUUAGUUGGACAAAUAAGAAGUUAAUUUCAAUUAUGUCCCCCAAACUUACAUAAGUAUACCUAUGUUUUUUUUCUUUUUCAACGUUUUUGCGAUCUUCUCACAAAAACAAAACCAUAUAUGUAUACCUAUACCUAUCCAAUCAAAAUUUUACAAGAUUAAAUAACACUCAUUUUCGCUUUACUCAUUUAGUUCUGACCAAUGAGAAACGAUAUUCUCUUAUUUAUGUUUCCAUAAUUCCAUAUCGUUCCUCGCAAUUGUUGCCAACCCAAAAAUCACAUUUCAUAGCUUAACAUAACUUUAGAAUUCGUACCUCUAGUUUUUCGUACCUUCGGUUUUGCGUAACUCUGACGGCCGUAACUCUGUCGCCCGUAACUCUGGUAUUCGUAACUUCGUCGGUUUCCCGCAGACGAUAUAAAAAUAUUUAAAGAAAUAUCUUCAGUUAGUGACUGUCUACAACUUCAAGAAGAUCUACAAAACUUCAGGGAAUGGUGCAUUACAAACCGCUUAUUUUUAAAUGUUGACAAUGAGUUUUACACGCAAAAAGAAUUUAGUCUUGUAUAAUUACAUGUUUGACUCUUGCCCAUUAACUAGACCGUCCGUUUUUUCUGACUUGGGGAUUAUACAUGACCCAAAAUUAACAUUCACUUAUCACUAUGAUUAUAUUAUUAUUAAUAAGGCUAAUCGAAUUCUAGGAUUCGUCAAACGGUUCUCUCGUGAUUUUCAUGAUCCAUACGUUUUAAAACUAUUAUACAGGGUGUCCCAAAAGUUAACGUCGAAACGAAAACGGUAGAUAGGGUAGGUGGUGACAGUUAUCAGAAAAAUAAUUAAAAAAAUCGCAGCCAUAUAUUUUGGGAGUUAUGGGCAUUUGAAAAAAAGUCGAAAAAAUGGUCACCCUGUGACGGUUUUUCAUGUGCCGUGACUUCAAAUCUUAAUUUUUCUCAUUUUUUUCUUUUGUUACGGAACCUUGAAUAACCCUGCUAUCAAAUGCAUUCAAAAAUUUUAACUCAGCUGUAUCAGUUUUAAAGAAAAUAUUACUUUUUUACCCAACUUAGUACUAAAAAAUUUUACAUGACUCUAAUUCAAUGAGCCUUAGUGUAAAAAAAAUGCACUACUGUAACGACCAUCUUUAAUUUCUACAAUCAACAUUUAUAAAUCAUUCAUUUUACUUUAAUUAAUAUUUUACUUGUUCACUUGUUUCACUUUUAUAAACCAUUCAUUUCACUUCAAUUAAUAUUUUUACUUGUGUUUAUAUAAAUCAUUCAUGAAAUACAUUCAAACAACUUUACUACUUUUCACCUUCACUCAUGUUAUAAAAACUAUAAUUUUCUAAUACUAAGUAUUGCCAAAGAGGCAACACUAAUUUUAGUCCUACACAACAUGGCAUUGUGACAUUUUAUAAAGCACUUCCAGUUUUCCAAUAAAAAACAUAUGUUCUAAAAGCUUUUCAAAUAAUACAUAAAAGCUCUUCUGAAAUUGUAUAAAAGAGCGACACCGAUCAGAACAAAUUCAAUUCUUCUCGGUAAGCCGAGGUGCGAAGUUAUCACAUAGCGUCCCCCUUAGUGAGCUGAAAAGGGUUCAGCCGUAUUGGUGUUGUUACACAUACACAUUGCUGCGACGUUUCACAAGCGUCCACAUGUGAAUGGUCAACCACACCAAUACAAAUUCAACUGAUGUGCAUCUCGUUUGGUGUAGUGUGCGGAGUUUAUACUAAGCGCCCACACCAAGCUAAUCUGGACAGCAUAUACAUAUUUUUUUUUUCUCUUUUGAUCGGCAAAGAGCAACUAGGCUGGUGGAGUGUGCGGAGUUUACACUAAGCGCCCACACAAAGCUUGUCUGGUUAGCUGUCAUUUUUUUUUUAUUAUUCUUCUUUUUCCUUCUUCUUAAUUGUCAUGGUUGCCACAUGAACUUAAAUAUAUAAUAAUUUGUAAUGAUUACCACCCUACUUAGUUUUAAGAUUGAGAUUCAAUAAAAUUUUUGUUAAUUUUUAGUAUUUUAAAUUAAUUGUUUUGUAUUUUAAAGGGAAGAUAAAAUUCAUUUGCUACAUUGCCUAUUCAACGUGUACUGCGGUCUUCGGACAGCAUACAACGUGGUAGAGAGUUUAGCAAAGCAGCGUUGUUUCUAAUCCGUUUCUUUCAGUGUUAUCCACGCCCCAGAAAAACAGAAAUCGUAAAAAUCCUAGCCGACAAUAACAACAUCUCGCCAAUAUAAAUAAUUUCGCUACAAUUGACGCCCAACGAGUGGGACACUGAGAAAUUUAUUUAAAACAACCAAAACACAACAGAACAUUUUUUAAAUCGUCUUCGAAGAUCAGCACGCGUUUUUUUCAAAAUUGCUGCAUACUUUCUAAGAAGCAAUUAAAAAUCAACUUCCGAAAUGGCACUCUCAUCAGAGCAGUUGAAAGAGCUCCUGACAGCACUAAAGCCAGAUGCUCAAACAGGUAGUUUCAGCAACUGCAUAACAAGAUUCAACGGUGAACGAGACAGCACUGUCGUAGAAGCCUUCAUUUCAACCAUAUCGAUAUACAAAGACAUCGAGCGUGUAUCUGACGAAGAUGCAAACGAGGGUUCCCGCUACUUCUUCAAGGCUACGCAGUAAACUGGUGAAGUCAAGAAAUGGGAAGAUGUUCUUACUCUUCUCAGAAACGCAUUCGCACCUGUUAGUCCUGACUACAGAAUUUAUAUGGAAUUGCUCGAACAGAAACAGAAACCUAAUGAGCCCACCGAUGAAUUCAUCUGCACCAAGCGAGCCUUGUUUUCUCAACUGUCAGAACCCGUACCAAAAGAAUCUAUGAUGAUAAGCAUGAUUUUCGGAUUGUUAAACUUGAACAUCCGUGAUUCCGUACAACGAGAUAGCGUAGGCACAUUUGCCGACCUAUUGAACAAAGCUAGAGCUGUGGAGAUUUCCAACAAGGAAAGAACUUCUCAUCGUGUUCCAAGUGCUGAAGUUAAAAAGCGAUGCAAUUUUUGCAAACACAUUGGACACACCAUUGACGAAUGCCGCAAAAAGGAGAAAUCCAGUUUGACCAAAGAGAAGGUUACCACAUUGCAACCAAAUAUCCACUGCUACAAAUGCAAGGCUCCAGGCUAUGUUAGAUCCAACUGCCCUAAUUGUAAGGAACUGCCAAAAGGUCCCUCUACAGUCUCCUUCAACUGUAUGAAGACAACUUUGGGAAAUGACCUACCCACAAUCACCAUCCAAUCACAUGGAGAAUCAGGAAUUGCCUAUGUAGACACCGCAGCCAGAACAAGCGUUGACGGUCGUCAACUUUUUAUACACCUUAUGAAAAACGGCACCAAAUUCCAACAAAUCGAUGUGGAUGUCACACUUGCUGAUGGACAGGCCCGUCCACAAGAAGUUUUCAUGGCGAAAACUAAUAUUAUUUUCGGCAAUCGAUUGCGGCCGAUUACUUUUAUCGCCCUACCAACUGCCACUGAUAAUCGCACCUUAAUAGGAAUAGACUUCCUAGAAGAAAACGGUAUUGUCCUCGACUUGGGUCAACGUCUUUGGUACUAUGCUGACCAAACCCACAAGAAGUUCGACUUUUAUGACACGAGCAAUACCCGCAUUGUGAAGCCACAACUCGUCACCGACGUCAAAAUAUUGUGCCCCCCACAAACAACUAAGGCAGGACCCCAGGUGGAAGCAAGAGCGGCGGAACGCACGCCACUUGUACCAAGGUCCUCGCCAAUUUCCAAAGUAAGCGCCUUCCUGUCGUGGUUCAACGAGCGUAAGCCUAUUUCGCCUUUAGCAUCAACACCUAAAGCAAACAAUGAAAUCAGCAGCCCACUUAAAACCCCACUCAAAAGGAAGACCACUACUUCAACGAUAACCAACAACGAUUAUUCACCUGGUUUCAUCCAACAAAUUUUCAACAACUCCCUCAGAAGUACUGAUCUUACUCCAGAACGAGGUCGAGAAAAUUUAUUUCCACCACCCACACAAGUCACUAAGGAUUCUGGUCCAGACUCUUGGUUCACAGAAAUCAAUUCAAUUGAUAUAAGCCUCCGAAGCAACGAAGCACAAGAAUUGUCGCAAGCUGAAAAGCAAGAACUCUUCCAAGUGCUCACAAGGAAUAAGGGAGCAUUCAAUGAAAUCGAUAGUGCAACUCCAUACGCAACCCACAAAAUCGACACCGGAAAUCACGAACCCGUAGCAGUUUCUCCGUAUCGAUUGUCACCAACUCGUAAAGAACAAUUAAAACAGGAACUCACCAAACUAUUGAACAAACAAUUCAUCGAAGAAUGUGAAUCACCAUGGGCUGCACCGGUUGUCUUAGUUCCUAAAAAAGACAACACUAUCCGAUUAUGUAUUGACUAUCGAAAACUCAAUAGCAUCACAAAAUCCGAUAGAUACCCACUUCCUCGCAUUGACGACAUGCUACACUCAACAAAGAAGACACUCUUCAAAAGUACCCUCGAUCUUCAAACAGGGUAUUACCAAAUCAGAAUUGAUGAUGAUGACGUCGAGAAGACAGCAUUUAUCACCCCUUUCGGCAUGUUCCAAUUCAAACGAAUGCCAUUUGGUCUGCGUAACGCUCCAGCAACGUUCCAAAGGUUAAUGGAUAGAUUCCGUAAUGGACUUCCAGACAUGUUAAUUCUGAUCUACCUAGAUGAUGUCAUCGUUUGUUCCACCAGUUUUGAUGAACACUGUCAAGAUCUAGAACGAAUCUUCAAGAGGUUGGAGAAGUUCAAUCUUAAGGUGAACCGAAACAAAUCAAACUUUUGCUGUUCCACCGUCAAAUAUCUUGGCCACCUCAUCACAAACGACGGAAUCCAAGUCGAUCCUGAAAAGGUGACAGCUAUAAUCAAUCAUUAAGAACCCAGAAACCCAAAACCAGUUUUGUUUGCCAUAUGGAAUUGGGGCACAGAUGAAAGAGACUCCUUUAAAACUCUUGAAUCACUCCUCAUUACCGCACCUAUAUUGCAGCAAACAAUUGAUGACCUACCAUUUCGCCUAAAAAAACAAAUGCAAGCAACUAUGUCAUCGCAGCAGUUCUUGUCCAGGGGGAGGAAUCCACAUCCCAUGUUCUUCACAAAUCCUCGAAGAACAAACUUCAAAAUGUAUUAAAUACAAUACAAUACAUACAAUAGUAUUAAAAAACGAAACCAUCCAUUUGUUAUCGUCAAACAACUCGGGGCAUCCACUUAUCAGAUUGCCUCAGUUUAUGAUAUCACCACACCAUUGGGGACCUAUCAUAUAUCCUCAAUAUCGAAAUAUCCUAACGAAACACUCACGAACAACCAAGUCAACCACUACGAAAGCUGGUCGUCCCAAGAAGUCUUGUCCUGUCGUAUCAUCGGGACGAUCUCUACGACAGAGGGGGAGAAUGUAACGACCAUCUUUAAUUUCUACAAUCAACAUUUAUAAAUCAUUCAUUUUACUUUAAUUAAUAUUUUACUUGUUCACUUGUUUCACUUUUAUAAACCAUUCAUUUCACUUCAAUUAAUAUUUUUACUUGUGUUUAUAUAAAUCAUUCAUGAAAUACAUUCAAACAACUUUACUACUUUUCACCUUCACUCAUGUUAUAAAAACUAUAAUUUUCUAAUAGGUACUAAGUAUUGCCAAAGAGGCAACACUAAUUUUAGUCCUACACAACGUGGCAUUGUGACAUUUUAUAAAGCACUUCCAGUUUUCCAAUAAAAAACAUAUGUUCUAAAAGCUUUUCAAAUAAUACAUAAAAGCUCUUCUGAAAUUGUAUAAAAGAGCGACACCGAUCAGAACAAAUUCAAUUCUUCUCGGUAAGCCGAGGUGCGAAGUUAUCACAUAGCGUCCACCUUAGUGAGCUGAAAAGGGUUCAGCCGUAUUGGUGUUGUUACACAUACACAUUGCUGCGACGUUUCACAAGCGUCCACAUUAGGCCAGUCAUUAUGUCGGAAAAAACGGCUUAGAAAUGCAAAAUGACCGAGAAAGCUAAAUUUUGGAUAUUUUGUAGAGGAUGCUUAAAAAAGCUUAACUUGAAGUUUUCGACCAAGAUUUCCUAUGAGCUUUUUCCGCCAUUUUGAAAAAAAAGAUAAAUUUGGUUUUUUGACAAUAACUCGGCUAUCUGACGAGAUGCGAAAAUUUUACAAGGAGCUUUUUUGUAGCUUUUAACGAGUUCUACAAUUCAUGCAUACACAUUUUUUAUGUAUCACGAACCGUUUUCGAGAUAUCGAUUAAAAAAGUCAAAAAUUUAGGACAUGCCAUUUGUUUUUUGACAUAAUCUAUUUUUGGGUGAUGAAUAUCGAAAAAAUUAUUAACAUAAAAGUUAUGACACUUUUAUUACCCACAACUUUUGCAUUUAACUUUUUUUGAUAGGAGGUCUACUUUUGACAGAAAUCGUAAAAAAACAAAAUUUUCGACACCAACACUUUUUCGCCCACCCACCCUUUUCCACCAAUUAGUUUGUGGGCAAUUUAUUUUUCCGCUUUCAUAUACCAUUAAUCCUAAAUUUUCCAACCACCCAUAUGCUGCUAAUAAUUUUUUUAUUUUCAAAAAUUAUUGGCACUGAUCUAAUUGCAAUUUUGAUGAACUAAAUAAUAUUGAGAUUGAAGCAAAUUACAAAAUGCACAAAAAGCCGGUAUACUGUAUUUACAAAAUUUGGGUAUGUGUUACUGAUAUAAUGAUAUAAACAUUAAAAAAAAUAUGAAUGAUUGUUUUUUUUACAACCGAACGGGCGGCUUGCUUGGCGGUGGGAGCGGACUAAACGACUUUGCGGCCGGCUGGAAGUCGUAAUUUUUGUCCAAAAAAAAAUAUAAAAACAUGAAAUUGUAGGUCCGAAUGUGGUCUACAAAUUUUAUGUUAAUAAUUUUUUCGAUAUUCAUCACCCAAAAAUAGAUUAUGUCAAAAAACAAAUGGCAUGUCCUAAAUUUUUGACUUUUUUAAUCGAUAUCUCGAAAACGGUUCGUGAUACAUAAAAAAUGUGUAUGCAUGAAUUGUAGAACUCGUUAAAAGCUACAAAAAAGCUCCUUGUAAAAUUUUCGCAUCUCGUCAGAUAGCCGAGUUAUUGUCAAAAAACCAAAUUUAUCCUUUUUUUCAAAAUGGCGGAAAAAGCUCAUAGGAAAUCUUGGUCGAAAACUUCAAGUUAAGCUUUUUUAAGCAUCCUCUACAACAUAUCCUAAAUUUAGCUUUCUCGGUCAUUUUGCAUUUCCAAAUGUAUAUAAUGACUGGCCUACAUGUGAAUGGGCAACCACACCAAUACAAAUUCAACUGAUGUGCAUCUCGGUUGGUGUAGUGUGCGGAGUUUAUACUAAGCGCCCACACGAAGCUAAUCUGGACAGCAUAUACAUAUUUUUUUUUUUUUUCUCUUUUGAUCGGCAAAGAGCAACUAGGCUGGUGGAGUGUGCGGAGUUUACACUAAGCGCCCACACAAAGCUUGUCUGGUUAGCUGUCAUUUUUUUUUAUUAUUCUUCUUUUUCCUUCUUCUUAAUUGUCAUGGUUGCCACAUGAACUUAAAUAUAUAAUAAUUUGUAAUGAUUACCACCCUACUUAGUUUUAAGAUUGAGAUUCAAUAAAAUUUUUGUUAAUUUUUAGUAUUUUAAAUUAAUUGUUUUUUAUUUUAAAGGAAAGAUAAAAUUCAUUUGCUACAUUGCCUAUUCAACGUGUACUGCGGUCUUCGGACAGCAUACAACGUGGUAGAGAGUUUAGCAAAGCAGCGUUGUUUCUAAUCCGUUUCUUUCAGUGUUAUCCACGCCCCAGAAAAACAGAAAUCGUAAAAAUCCUAGCCGACAAUAACAACAUCUCGCCAAUAUAAAUAAUUUCGCUACACUACGAUGUUUCGGCAAGUUGCCUUAAAAGUUGAUGUGUUCAAUUCUCUUUUCAAAAUGGUACAACAUUGUUGGGAAUAUUCCAUAAAUAACCGAGAUAACUGUUUUUUUUCUUAAGAAAUCCGACUUUUUUAUGAGGUAAUUUUUCCAUAUUAUUCAAGUUUUGUACCCUUUCAGAACCUUUCAGAAUACAAAAACUUAAAUAAUAUGGAAAAAUUACCUAAAAAAAAGUCGGAUUUCU